AUUUUAGGGCUAAUUUGUUGAAAUUGUUCCAUAUUACAUUACACCAUUAGAGUAGGAAAUGGCUUUUCUUGGGACCAAGAUUCAAACCACCACUUUCACAUGGUUCAGUUCACUCCUUCACAGAGACAAGCACAAGCUCCUUCUGCAUCGAAAAUCCCUGAAGAAGACGAUGAUGACAACAACACAGUGCAAAUCCAAGAGACCCAUUUGCCCAUCUUGUUCCAAACCCACCCGAACCUGUCUCUGCUCUCGAAUCCUCACCCCUCGUAUCCCAAACUCGGUGAACGUGACCAUUCUGCAGCACGCGUUGGAGUGCAACCACCCGCUCAACUCUGCCAGAAUCGCCAGGCUUGGCCUCAAGAAUCUCACGCUGGCCACUGUCUCUGAUGUUCACGACGAAGCUCGGUUCCUGAUUCAGUUGCUGAAUCCCAAUCCCAAAUCGAAUUCGGUUGGAAACUCCUCAAAUGGUUUGUUUUCUUGUGAAAUUGGAGUGACCCACGAUUUGUUUCCUCAGAAAGAUUCAAACUUUAUUGAUAGUCCUGGUUUCAGAAAUGAUGUUGGGGAUGUUCCAAAUUCUCAUGUUCCGGCUGAAAAUGUGAACCUGAUAAGUAGCAAUGAAGGUGUAGAUGUGAAUGAUGAUGUUGAGAAAAAUUCAGUUUAUACUAAUUGUGAUCUAGCUAGUGGUGUUGGUGUCAAUGCAGAUAAUGGUUAUGGAGGGUCUGAUAUUGCUGUUACAAUUGGCAAAUUUGGUGCCAUUAGCUCUUUAUCUCAUGUUUGGAUGGCAGCAGAAUGUGAAUGUGAAUCAUCUAGUUUAGGCUUUGACAAGAUUUUGACUUGUCCUGAAGCUUGUGAAGCACUCUCAAAAGGGUUUUUGGUGAAGAAAUUGAGUGAAGAUGUUAACUUGGAAGAAUGUGAAGAAUUUGAGCUUGAGAUUUGUCCUGGAUCAGUUCUGCUAUUUCCCUCUGAUAAGGCUGUUACUGUUAGUGACCUAGUUGAUGUUGGUUUUGAGGUGAAGAACUUGAUUGUUCUGGAUGGAACAUGGUCUAAGGCAAAGAGAAUUUAUUGUGAAAACCCCUGGUUGAACAUUUUGCCGCAUUUGAAGUUGGAAGUGAAUGAGGCGAGCUUGUAUAGUGAAGUGAGGCGCCAGCCCAAAGCUGGUUAUUUGUCCACCAUUGAGAGCAUUGUAUUUGCUUUGAAGGCAGUUGGGGAGAGUCAUGAGGGCUUGGAUAAUCUCUUGGAUACUUUUGAAUCCAUGGUUGGAGAUCAAAGACGGUGUAAAGAUGAUAGAAUGAGCAAACUCUCUCCUAGUUGAGGCCCUUUCUUCUUUUUGCAAUAAAUUUUGAACCAUGAAACUUCAAGAGUUUUUGACUCACAUGUCCUUUCUUUGCAUUCAAUUGUUGUCCGCAACUGCAAUAAUGGCAACAACCGCAACGGACUUGAAGUCCCCACAGCGGCAUCAUGACCGCAAUUGUGGCCAUUUCAACUUUCAACCCACAUUUAUCCGCAACACGGCCACGGCUGCAAUUUGUCAACAUGGAGCCAAGGGACAUUGGAAGAAUCAAGCUGGAACUUAGAUGAUUAUGGAAACCUCGGCAGAAAGGAAUGUCAAAGAUUUUGGCGGCUUAAUGAUGUAAAAAGAAGUUGAUUAUUAACAAACAUGGAGAAACAGAAUCUAAAAGAGGGGGAGGAAGUACAAUGAUUUCUGGAAUUCAACACACAAAUAUCUGUUAUUAAAACUCUUUUUGUCUUGACAUCUUUAUCAAAUUGCUGUGAUGAUAUAAAUGUAAUUGGAUUCUCAAACCUGAUUUUAUGUGUUGAUCCUCACUGGAUGAAAUCAAUUUUAUUGCUUUGUGACAGAAUACGCUAACCCAAAAGUUUACAGUCAAUGCUUAGUAAACCU